CCAGGUUUUCAAAAGUCAAGUCCGGGUUUUUUUAAACACGAGUCCGGAUUUUUUUCGAGUCCGGGUCCGGGUUUUUCUCGAGUCCGUAUUUUCUUCGAGUCCGAGUUCGGGUCCGAGUCCGGUCCGGGUUUCGAAGUAUGCCCUUUCGAGGAGUAAAAUUCCAAAGGGACGGAAAUGGCCCCUAGGGGUCAAAACUACUCUUAUGAAUUUACAGUAUAGACAGUUGUUAUUAAAACCGGGCUUCCUCUCGCAAACAUCAAUUCAACCCUGGAAUAGUGCAUUACUCCGUUAGCGCGACGUUACAUCUAUCAGUGUAACUGAUAUUUUGUCCAACACUUCAACCACAGGUUUUGCCUGUGGAAACGGUAAGACGUUCAUUUGAUUUGUUUGCCACUGGAUCAAGGCAUGCAUAGACAUUCAAUGAGAUUUUUAUUUGUAGCCAAAUAAUAACAAGACACCGGCAUUACUAUAUUAAUCUUAAUUCAUGUAUAUAUUUAUACCUUUAUUUACACUUGUAAUCACCUUGUAGUUCAGUAACUUUACUGCAAGAAGUGCGAUUUUAUUAAACUAUCAAACUAAACUAACUAUCCAACUAAACUAUCCAUACAGCCAGAUAGCAACUGGAAUUCUGUCUAACAAAGUUUUUAUUGAAGUUUGAAGCAAACCGGCUGCUCAUAUCUAUACCUCAAAUGUGUCCCCGAUUCCUUUUCAAAGGAAUACUCUUAGGCAGUCAGGUCGAAAUACGCCCAUAAAUCGUUGAUUUCCACAAUCAAUUCAGUUUCUUUUCACAAGAGAUAUGACUACCUCUCAAAAAUACAAACGGAACAUCGGCGUAUCGAGCGAAGGUCCUUCGUCAUAGACCAUACUAUCUUCCCAACGAAAGGCCUUCACAGAAAGGGCUUCACUCGAAUAUGCGUGUUGUAUGUGUUCACUCGAAUAUGCGCAUUUUACACUUUAUGACGACUGGAGCAACCGUAAGUCAUUUUCCGCAAGCUUUUAUUUCUUUGAGAGCGAAUUAUCCAACGUUUUUAUGGUUUAGUUUAUUUGGUAUUACUUUAAUCUCUAACUCUAAGUUAUAUUUGACGAUUAUUAAGUGUUCCAUGCAGCUUUUAUACGCCGAAAUUCAAGAGCUACUUGUGCUUCGUGUAUUCAACAUGGCCGCCAUUUUUUUGUAUCUGCGAAGCAGAUAUACAUCUAAUUGCAUUAAGGUUGUCCUCCGACAAAGCUAAAAGGUAAAAGCCAAGCGCAAAAAGUACGAUGGGGGUGACUAGUUUGAAUUAAUCAACUGCGUUUAAUAAAUACUUAUUUUCCCUAAUUUGAACGGCAUGGCUAAUGUUUAUGGAGUUUGCCAGUUCAUGACGACCCGCACGCCUAUUGAUUAAAUUAUCUUGAAGGUGUUAGUUAUCACAGCAUUAUUAGUCGAGGUGGUAAGAGUGGUGACAUGUACAGGGUGUAUCAAAAUAAACGCAAUUCAUCUUUUGUGCUUAAUAACUUUUGAAAUACUAUUUCUAGUUAAACGCUUUUAGGCUUACUUCAAAGCCUGUUCUUUUCUCUUUCAAACAAACUAUUAUCCUUGUCUCCAAUGCUAGUAAUAAUUGCACAGGAAAAGAUUUAGUAAAACCUAUCAUUUUUAGUUGCUGUUUAAUUAUGCAAGUUUACUAUGUUAUUGUUUAGUCGGUUUAAAUGUUAGAAUUUUCUUCUUUAAACUUUAAUGUUGUCGUCACUACAUCUGGAAAACCACGUAAGAACAAAUUAAAAGUAUUUUAAAAGAGACCAGGUUGUUUGAAAAUCCUAAACGAAUGCUAAAAAUCAUAGAAUCAAAACAUUCUGGUGUCUGAGCCAGAGUGUCAUCGAAUUGCGAUGUAAUGUAAACAGAAAUUAUAGCAAGUUGAUGUCAGUCAGCUUAGAUGGUCCAAGCCAAAAUUAUAUCGCAUUUGAAGUUUCAAACUGAGUUAAAAAUAGUGGAAGAAAAGCCGUAAUUAUACUUAUUGUUACAAUCCAUUUAAUAAAAUGCAACAUUUUUUGUUUUAAUGAAAAAAUCAGUUAUUUUCAUGAGAACGAUUUGUUAUUCCAUCUCAAUUUUUUUAAUCUCCAAUCGCAAUAACGUAAAGUAUUAUUACCCGCGAACCAAUGAGUCAAAUUUAAGAAACAACCCAUUGUUAGAAAGCUGAAUGGCUACGCUUUAAAAUGAAUGUAAACUUUAAAGUUUUCGUAUAUUAUUUGUUUAGCAAUUUACAUUUCAGUCGAGGAUUGCGCUUUUUUUUAUACACCCUGUAUAAUGAAUUUAUAGUGGAAUAAUUUAUGCGUGCAUGAAAUUUAACCCCAUAGAUAUGAUAUAGCAAAUAAGUAACUGAGCUAACAUACAAACCAGGUUGUCAUCACCAACUCAUAAUAAUGUUAGCAGACAAUGCCGCGCAAAGUUCAAAUUGCGCCAAAAUUGGUCUGAAGAAGAGUGCAUUCUGCUUGACAAUCGUGUGUAUGGAUUCAGGAUGGAGAUCAAGAUCGAACAAACUGGCAAUAUUUUGAUGGCUGCUUAUUAAAGAAUAAAGAUUAAUGCGAAGUAUUUUCAAUCAGUAGGGUUAGGUAAUAGUCAAAAGGCUAUAGCCUUUAGGUAUUCCAGCACGCAAUCAGUUAUUAUUUCUUUAGUAUAUACAGUAUGCUAGAUAUGAUACCACGUCUUUCAAGCAGGGCUAUCACAACCGCGAGUUGAUUGUACUAUAUUCGUUAUUUAAUCACUCAUUUCUAUAUUUUGAUACAAGGUAGCACAAGACAAAUAAUAUUUAUUUACAUAUAUAUACCGGGUGGCGCAAAAAAGUUCAGGCGUUUGAUCUACCAUAGCGAAAAAACUAUAAGAGCUAUACAUCGCUCAGAUACUGAAAUGUAGCUGUAUUCAUAAAAGGCUAACUUAAAUUUUGAUAGGUUAUACAUGAGAUAUCACGAAAUAUUGACUGAGAUAUCAGCGUUUAAAUUAAACUUGCGUAUAGCAUUUUCAAAAGAAUCGAAAAUUAGUCUAAAAUGGCCCAUUGAACUUAAUUUGAUAUCAUUCUCAUUAGACAUUACGCUGGGCAUCGCCAGAUUAUUUCCCGGGCGAGCUAGUGAUGAGUAAACGCGGAGAUGAGCCGUACCCCUGGCUUUCAGAUUUGACAAUAUCCAUUUUUUUGUGGCUAUACCUAUAGAGUAUAUAGUUGAAAUAUCAAAUUUGGAGUAUGCCACAUCGACAGCGCUAGGUUUUGGAAUAAUAUCUAGAAUACUUUUAGUGAAAACUCUUGUGUCAAAAAGAUGUCCCAUCUUUUGCUGACAGGUUAUGAAGAUGUCCCAUUUUUUCUUAACCAGUGGGAGCUUAAAAGGAGUCUUAUAUUAUUCUUUGCAUCAGGCUAAGUUACACUGAGUAUAAGGCGAUGCAGCUUGCGCUACUAUAGGUUUUGGAAUAAUAUCUAGAAUACUAUUAGUGAAAACUCUUGUGUCAGAAAGAUGUCCCCUCUUUGCUGACAGGUUAUGAAGAUGUCCCAUCUUUUCUUAACCUGUGGAAACUUAAAAGGAGUCUUAUAUUAUUCUUUACAUCACGCUAAGUUAGAGUAAAACGGUGCAUGGCUGCAUGCAGCGAUAGCGCUAGGUUUGGGAAUAAUAUCUAGAAUACUUUUAGUGGAAACUCUUGUGUCAGAAAGAUGUCCCAUCUUUUGCUGACAGGUUAUGAAGAUGUCCCAUCUUUUCUUAACCAGUGGAAGCUUAAAAGGAGUCUUAUAUUAUUCUUUACCUCACAACGCAGGCGCGGGCGUAGAUUCCGUAGAUUAGCUAAGACAAUGGUGUCAAUGCAGCUAUUGUUUUUGGAAUAAUAUAUACAUUUGAUAUAUACGUUAGUGAAAACGUUUGUACCAGAUUCAUGUGCGCACUAGGGCCUAUAGGGAAAGGCGGUAUAAUUAUAUAACUUUAUAAGUCAGUUUCUUUAUUAUUUAGCCAUAGAAAACUUAGUACGCCUUUGAAGCCGGAUUUUUUAUACUGCCAAAAUCUAAAACGGCAAAUAUGUUCCGCGGUCUUGACAUGGAAUUAUCGUGCUAUUCUCUAAGAUACCAAGAACGUUUUGUUUUACAACACAAGUCUUAACAUUACAUAUUAUAUACGCAGCCUUAUUACACAUUGUACGCUAUAUAGUAUAGCCUGGCCCAAGGUGACUUGUCAACAGUCAGCAUUGUGACAUAUUUGUACACUUUUAUUUUAAUGCAUAACAGAAAAUUAACUUAUUACUUGCUUGGUUUCACACUGCGUCUAAGCAACUGAACCUGGAUUGAUGACAUCUUAUAGCGGUAAUUAAUAAUGCGAUUAGCGUUGCUCGCUUCCUGAAGUUGCAAACUCAGUGUGCAGAUCCCGCUGUUUUUCAAGACGUGCGGGUCGUCAUGUUGCAUUUGAAGUAGACUUAAUGUAUGUAACGCAUGAGUCAAUUCCAGGAGUAACCAUCUAUCCCCCCCCGGAACACACACGGGCAUUUGAUUUGAUUGGUUACGAUCGUGUAAAUGCCCGGGUGCCGGGACACAACUUGAAGACUAAUGCACCGGCCCUUGGGCAAGCUGAGAGUGGAAAAUGCCCAACCCCGGGGACGAUUUUAAACGUUAAUUAAACUUUUAAUGGCAUAUAAUAGCAUAGCCAUUUAAUAACAUUAUAGUAUUACUGCGAUUUGCAGUUGAGCUUAGAGACAGGAAGUUUUACCACGCAGUUUGAUCGUUGAAACGCACAAUUACCAAGGGCAAAUUCAAAUGUUGUCAAGCGGAAAUGCGAAUGUUGUCAUGGGAAAUUUAGGCACUUUCGGCCAAUCACAGUGAAGAAGGCGCCCCAACGCCUCAAUAAAUUUCACGCCACCUUGACCAUGAGGGCGCAAAAUACGAUCAGCGCGCCCACAUGCUUACCUGAAACUACAAUCUUGGACAAAACCCUUGAGACCAUUUCAGCUAAUAUUACAAAGUUAUUGAACAUUGACAAAACAAACUUUGUCCCCCCCUCCCCCCAGUUCAAUGUUGUGAACAACGCCGAAACAACUUUUGGUAAUAUACCAUGAUACAAGCUCAACAUUGAGUUGGGGUAGCGGGGGUUUAAGGAUGGCAACAUGAUUCAACAUGGAGUUUAUCAUAAAAAUACGGGAAUUUUCUAUGGCGGGGAAAUAGUCUCAACCAGUUAUGUCCAAGAUUGUCUGAAUAUGGGAAUUUUACAAGCAUACCAAUUGUUUGAGAGUUAUGGUUAGAAAGGCAGAUAAGUUAGUGUUGCAAUGGAGGAAAAAUUAUUAAAUAUAUGUUACACUGCAAGGACUGUAGGUAACCGAAAUUUUUAUCCAUAUUAGCAAUCGUUCCAGGCGAUGCAAAAUCUAUAUUUAUAUUGUAAGUAAAGGGAAAUUAAUUAGGAGGACAUAAUACACGUCUGGAUGAAAGUAAAUUAUUUAUUGGAUUUUUGGUAAACUUGAUUUCUACCUUAUUCCAUAUCAUCAUUGAAAGCUUCGUAUAGUGAAUGUAAAAACAUAUCCAACACUAAAAGUAACCGAAUUGGUCAAACUUGAUAACAUGGUUUGCUCAGAAAACGCCUAUUCUCUCUAACGUGCGAACGUUCCCUGGUCCAUUUGAACCAAUUAGCUACUGCUACAGAACAUAGCUACAGAGUUUAAAAAGAAAUGGAAUCAUGGACAUGCUAAACGUUGUCUACACAGCUAUUUUCAUAUAGGCAAUCGGCACUUUUCACAGGUUAUUAUAGUAUGGCGACCCCCCACGAGGAACAAAGAGUCGCCUGUACAAUGUUCAAAUUGGCCAUAGUAAAGAAAUACGAGUAUAUCGCCAUGACUUUUGGAGCAUAAACCUUUUAUAAUAAUAUAUAAGAACAUUUCAAACGAUUAACGAAAAGAUUUGAUGUGAUAUUGACGGUAAACGGGGAUAGCAGCAAGAUAUUAUAGUAAAUGAUAGGUCUAGUCAUUGUUUUAAAUUGGAGUCGCCGUUUACCGUUCUAAUGGCCUGUUUACCGUUCUUUUAUCAAACCACGAUAAAGAUUAUACUUGGUUAACCGUCAUAUAAAAAAUUUCGGGUUAAAUUAUAAGUUUUAAAAGCAAGUUUGAGGCUGAUAAACUAUAGAACAAAUGACGUCAUCUUAUAAAAAAUACCUAUAUACAGCAACACUUGAACGUGAUAUUUACAUAAUUGAAUUAAAUCCCAAUGCAUGUGUCUCGACCUCUAUGCCCUAGUAACAUGAUAUUACUCGCUUCUGGCAGUAGAAAACUAUAUAUUUUAGAUGAAACAACAAGAAAAAUUCAUGCGUUUCAUGCGUAUAUUUUAGGAUGUGACAAGUUCGAAUAGGCAUUAUUUUGCUCACUUUUCAUGCAAACGAAUAUAUAUAUUGCUCGAAAAACAAGAAGUAACGUGUAUAUCCGUCUUUCAGACUACUGGAGUGGAAGAAAAUUAAAAAAGAUUGAGUUAUAAUGCACAUUUAAAUUCAGUGUGCUUCAGACAAUCUUGGACAAAACCCUUGAGACCAUUUCAGCUAAUAUUACAAAGUUAUUGAACAUUGACAAAACAAACUUUGUCCCCCCCUCCCCCCAGUUCAAUGUUGUGAACAACGCCGAAACAACUUUUGGUAAUAUACCAUGAUACAAGCUCAACAUUGAGUUGGGGGAGCGGGGGUUUAAGAAUGGCAACAUGAUUCAACAUGGAGUUUAUCAUAAAAAUACGCGAAUUUUCUAUGGCGGGAAAAUAGUCUCAACCAGUUAUGUCCAAGAUUGUCUGAAUAUGGGAAUUUUACAAGCAUACCAAUUGUUUGAGAGUUAUGGUUAGAAAGGCAGAUAAGUUAGUGUUGCAAUGGAGGAAAAAUUAUUAAAUAUAUGUUACACUGCAAGGACUGUAGGUAACCGAAAUUUUUAUCCAUAUUAGCAAUCGUUCCAGGCGAUGCAAAGUCUAUAUUUAUAUUGUAAGUAAAGGGAAAUUAAUUAGGAGGACAUAAUACACGUCUGGAUGAAAGUAAAUUAUUUAUUGGAUUUUUGGUAAACUUGAUUUCUACCUUAUUCCAUAUCAUCAUUGAAAGCUUUGUAUAGUGAAUGUAAAAACAUAUCCAACACUAAAAGUAACCGAAUUGGUCAAACUUGAUAACAUGGUUUGCUCAGAAAACGCCUAUUCUCUCUAACGUGCGAACGUUCCCUGGUCCAUUUGAACCAAUUAGCUACUGCUACAGAACAUAGCUACAGAGUUUAAAAAGAAAUGGAAUCAUGGACAUGCUAAACGUUGUCUACACAGCUAUUUUCAUAUAGGCAAUCGGCACUUUUCACAGGUUAUUAUAGUAUGGCGACCCCCCACGAGGAACAAAGAGUCGCCUGUACAAUGUUCAAAUUGGCCAUAGUAAUGAAAUACGAGUAUAUCGCCAUGACUUUUGGAGCAUAAACCUUUUAUAAUAAUAUAUAAGAACAUUUCAAACGAUUAACGAAAAGAUUUGAUGUGAUAUUGACGGUAAACGGGGAUAGCAGCAAGAUAUUAUAGUAAAUGAUAGGUCUAGUCAUUGUUUUAAAUUGGAGUCGCCGUUUACCGUUCUAAUGGCCUGUUUACCGUUCUUUUAUCAAACCACGAUAAAGAUUAUACUUGGUUAACCGUCAUAUAAAAAAUUUCGGGUUAAAUUAUAAGUUUUAAAAGCAAGUUUGAGGCUGAUAAACUAUAGACCAAAUGACGUCAUUUUAUAAAAAAUACCUAUACACAGCAACACUUGAACGUGAUAUUUACAUAAUUGAAUUAAAUCCCAAUGCAUGUGUCUCGACCUCUAUGCCCUAGUAACAUGAUAUUACUCGCUUCUGGCAGUAGAAAACUAUAUAUUUUAGAUGAAACAACAAGAAAAAUUCAUGCGUUUCAUGCGUAUAUUUUAGCAUGUGACAAGUUCGAAUAGGCAUUAUUUUGCUCACUUUUCAUGCAAACGAAUAUAUAUAUAUUGCUCGAAAAACAAGAAGUAACGUGUAUAUCCGUCUUUCAGACUACUGGAGUGGAAGAAAAUUAAAAAAGAUUGAGUUAUAAUGCACAAUUAAAUUCAGUGUGCUUCAGACAAUCUUGGACAAAACCCUUGAGACCAUUUCAACUAAUAUUACAAAGUUAUUGAACAUUGACAAAACAAACUUUGUCCCCCCCUCCCCCCAGUUCAAUGUUGUGAACAACGCCGAAACAACUUUUGGUAAUAUACCAUGAUACAAGCUCAACAUUGAGUUGGGGUAGCGGGGGUUUAAGGAUGGCAACAUGAUUCAACAUGGAGUUUAUCAUAAGAAUACGGGAAUUUUCUAUGGCGGGAAAAUAGUCUCAACCAGUUAUGUCCAAGAUUGUAGGUUUUGCUGCCUUAAAAUUUUCGGGUGGGAUUCUGGGCAACCAUUUGUCAAAUCCCCGGUGUCCUUAGCUACUAUAACAAUACCCGACCCCCGUGCACGUAUAUCUGAAAGGCAAAUUCCCGACCCCCGUGAACUGUCUAUCAGGCAAAUUCCCGGGGGUAUCCCCCGGGGGGAAGGUUACUCCAGGAAUUGACUCAUGCAUAUGCAUAAGUCGUGCAUACCUCCAAAGUAAAAUUUGUUCACACAUAACUUGCAGACAGUUGUGAAGUAUAGGGUGUAUGAAAUAAAGUGUUCAAAUUCAAAUUAGACAUAACCAUUUGUGGUAAUUUUGACAGCUACGUAUAAAUCACUUCGAAUUACUAUACGCAAAAACAUAAAGGUCUUACUGAUACGAUUGCAAGUUAUUCUAAAUUCCCAUGUGUAAAAGACCUUGUGUUUGUACGCACCAUUAGUUCGUGGCAAUUGGGGCUGUCAGGUCACUAUAAUAACACAGAAUAAAGAUCAGUAACAGAAGGGCCACUCAGCGAUGCAACGUGUCCUCGUUUUUUUUAUGCAAAUAUGCAGCCUACUGGCCAGAAGGGGGAGCAGCCAACCAGUACUGCAGCGUGUUGUUAUUGGCCAGAAAAUGUCAUUGACUGGCUAGGAAAAUGGCGGCCAACAUGCGUAAUGCGACAUGCGCGAGGACAGAAACUUCAAAGCUUCCGACGUAAGUGGCCCUUCUACAUGGAUCUUUAUUCUAUGACAAUCAGGGGCGUAGCGAAGGGUGGUCUAGAGGGGGGCCUGGCUACUUGACUUUAAUCUAUAUUUAUGUACGUCAAUUUAUCAGUGCGUAUAGCCAAGGGGUGGGGGGCGUGGGGCACAACAAAAGCCAUUCUCUCAAAAAGUCUAAAUCCGUAGAGCAAUUGGGGGGGGGGGAGGGUUACACAUUAUAUUCUCGAAGCUAAAACUGACAAAACUCCACUGAGGACAACAACGAUUUACUGCGUGAUUUGUAAAUCUCUUUAAUGCCUUUGUUGAGAUGGUUCCAAAAGGAACGGAUUUAGUUUAGGUUUUUAACUGUUGAAUACAUGUAUUUCAUUAUCAUAGUAUCUGUAUUUCAUAUCAAACUAAUUCUAUAUCUUAUAAAAAGUAAUGCAAUUGUGAGAAUUCAGGAAAUAGUGCCUCAGAAAUAUUAAAUGCAAAAUUUCGGAUCAAUAUCACAUUGGGACUUUCUCUACAUCUCAAUUAAUUCCGAGUCGUAAUGUCUGGGGAAAAAGUCAUGUCUUUGAUCAGGAAUACUUUUAAGCAUUUUAGUCAACGACCAUUUUUCAGCAGAAGAUUGAGUUUUUAGGGGGAAGGCUCUGGGGGGAAGGUUGGCUAACAUAUAUGUUUUGGCGCCAUUAGCGAUUAUGUUAUGACUUGUCGUCACAUGAAGUAGCGUCAUAUCCGCUGAUUAUAUUUUUGAACGAGGUGCUUGUUACAGUGCUGCAUGUGCGUUGGUCGUGCUUUAGUUUGCUGACUGCCGUAUUGAUUUAAACUUUGCAGAUGCAAGAAUCAAAUAUUUGUUCCUUUUACAACUAAAUAUUCGUAUUUGCCACAAUUUCUUCCGGGUGUAUUGUACAAAACUUAAGUUAUGGAGGAAGAUUGCGUUCCAAAACUCAAUUGAAGAUUUAGUUUUACUACUGUAUACCGGUAGUAGUAAAAUGCGUGUGAAUACUCCGAUUGAUGUACUUUAUAAUCUUCGAAAUUCUGCAAUAUUUCACCGCCAAAAUGCUUGGAAUCGGAUUUUCAGGGACUCGAUCCAGAUUUGAAAAUAACUACCCAGAUUACUCCCUCCCCCCUACCUGGUCUCACACCUUCGGCGUUCCCUUUGCAUCCUAAAAAAUAAGGCUCUGGUUAUGGCUCCGUAGUUUAUUCCAAUGGACUGCCCAGACCUGCUACGACUGGAUUACGCAGUAGUCAACGUAAAACGUAUCAGAAAGGCAGAUGCUAAAUACAUUUCCGCCGCCGCCAAAAAAAACCAGAGGAAAUGAAAUCGGUCCAACAGUCCAAUCAGUCCAACAGAGCUUUUCUGGUGUUAACCACCCCUGUGACUGUAGCCAAGGAUGAAAGAACUUUUAGUAAGUUAAAAUCAGUGAAAACCCUGUGCAGAGCAAAAACUAUAAGGACGAGCGAUUAGAAGAACCUAUGUUCAUGGCUUGUGAAAAAGACUGAUUUAAUACUUGUACAGACUCUAGCCACCCUGUGAGCUUGUUUGAAAUCAAGGCAAAUUGUCAUCACUCUAAGUGUAAAUUGGACGUGAUUGUAGUUGCCUAUUCUUUGAUUUUGUUAGUCCUUUAGUUGUUCAGAGUAGUUACAAUAUUGAUACACCGUGAUUUUUUUCUGUGUUGGUUUAAUGUAAUUGAUACACCGUGUUAAUAUAAAACAAUUCUUAAUAGAUAUUAAAAAUUACAUUGAAAUAUUAUUGAAGGAUAUUUAUAAAAAAUUUAAAUCGUUAUCGUAAACCACGCCCAAACCACGCCCAGGUUUAAUUUUUUUUUGAAAACUGAAAAUUCGCGUCGCGUUGCCGAAUCGCGUCCGGUCUGUGUGGGACUUUAUACGUUUGAGAAUUUAACUUUGCAAGACUAAAGCUUUUUUAUAAUAGUUUUGUUUGUGGAAACACCACCUAAAUUUAUUACUGCAAAGCUUUUUUUUAAAGCUUUUUUUUAAAGCUUUUAUUUAAAGCUAUAUCUUAUAUAUAAUUUUGCCAGGCUUGUAUAAGCAUUUUUUUAGCUGCAUAGAGUAGAAAUUAAAAUUGUACUCUAUGCUGUUAAGAAACUGCUCAUACAAACAUCGCCAAAUUUAUAUAUAAGCUAUGUUAUGAUCUAUUGAAUAUUUUUGUGGCAUUUUCUUCGUUGUCAAAAUUGGGAAAACUGGUCAAAUCAAACAUACCUUGAUUUCUAUACAGUAUAUUAAAGAAACAUGACCUUCUAACAUUUUGCGAUUUAUCAAAAAAUUAAAGCAUGCUGUACAUUGAUAUCCAAAAGAAUAAUUCAUUUGACGAUAUAUUUUUACUUGAAAACACUUUAAAAGGACUAAUUAAUCUAGUCGUCUAUUUUACCGCCGCCAUCUUGUUUUCCGCGUAAAUCUCGCGUAUGCGCAGACAAAUUGCACCUAUGUUAAUGUAAUAAUGCAAUUAGGUUAGCACUAUUCCCACAGAGCCUCAAAGUCAUUUGUUGUAACAUUAUCAUUAGAUCUUAUUAUAAAUUCUAAAUUUUCUCGAAUGUAAAAACCCACACCUCCAACAUUAAAUUACUUGGUUAAGACGUAAAGACGAACCCAGGUAAAGUUAUGUUACAAUCAAACUCUUGGUCAACUUUAAUUUUGAUUUCAGCAUGAAUAAUAAAAUAAAUGCCAGGAUAGGAAACUAGCUGAAGUGACCUAAUGCUUUCAAUGGGCUGAUGGCGUGGUUGGAUGUUCACUAGUUGCAAACCAAAUUCUCAAAAACGGCAUAUUUAGCAAUAAUACAGCUAAAUAUUUUAGUCAAAGAGCAACUAAAUGUAACUAGGCCAUUCUACGAUGAAAUCUCUAAGUAUUCCCAGUCAAUUUUAUUACUCUUUUAAAGCGAAAAAUAUAGCAAAACAACAAAAACGCUGAGAACUUUGGCUAUGCGCUUGACGUCGCAAAUUGCAACUAGAUUUAGACUGUAACGUCAGGGAGUUUCCUAUCCAGUUAUUUUACAAUCCAUGAUAUCAGUAAGUCCCACAAUUGAAAAAGGAAAGUAUAAUACUAUAAUAAGUGAUGAAAGAUUUCAAUUGUCCCAUGUCAUAUUUAUUAUUCAGUUCUUUUCAAGAAAAUACAAAAUGUGAAUCACGGUUUUUCGCAGAUACAUGUACGCGUCGCGAACCUAUAUUUACAUUUUGCAUUAUUUAUAUUUGUGUGUUAUACCCAGUGGUUAUACCGCACAGACAUGGUAUUUUAACAGCUACAAUCUUGGCCAUAAACCGUAGAACCACGAUAAAUUUUUAUGCAUUGUUAAGGCCUCGCGCCCCCUUCCCCCCAUUAAAUGUUGCCGUUUCGUGUAUAUUUAUGAUCGGACCUACUCUACAACAAAAUUGUACGUGUACUAAAAAUGUGGGAGAGCAAUAUUGAAUGGAGGGAGCGGGGGAGGUGCAAAAUGAUUUUAAAACCCAAGUAUAUUAAAAAGUUGCGAAUUUGUUUUGUCGUUCUAUGAACUUUUGCCAAGAUUGUCUGAAAAUUGCUACAUGUUCAUUUCCACGAAAAAUGCAUUUAACCUUGUAUACUAUUUACGUCUUUAGUUAAGAUGGCUCUGCUAACCUGCUCAAGUUAUACUUGCUUUCAGGGUUACAUAUAAGACAAUCAUGGUCUUACUCUAGUAGAAGUUGUACAAUCAAACUAUCAAAGUUCAAUCGCUUUUUUAUAAAUAGGACCAUACUCCUAUGAAAUAUCUGUUUUUAAAUAUAUAUUUCAGUUGUUCAUAAAAGAAGGCAAUCUAUACGCUAUUAGAUUGAAAUUAAGCCAAUGUGUUUAGAUAAUAGAGAAUUAUUUGCGCAAGUAAUGUAAAUAAACAAGAGAAAUUUUCUACUUCAUUUUACAUAACAACGAGUAAUUGCAAGAGCUUAUUGCGAUAUAAUAAUGCACUGCAAAUCAAUAUGUAAUUGUUAUACGUGGAGGGGCGCCGGGCUUUCUGUAGUGUGACACUCCGUACUCAGUGACAGUAUAUACUCGAUGAAACAAGAGCUAAGCGAACAUAUAUGAAUUUGCGCAAGUAAUGUAAACAAGGGAAAUUUCUUCUUUAUUUUACAUCAGAAAGAGUAAUUGCAAGAGCUUAUUGCGAUAUAAUGAUACGCUGCAAAUCAAUAUGUAAUUGUUAGACGCGCGGGCCGCCUGGGUUUCUGUAUCGUGACCGACUCAGUACUCAGUGACAGUACUCAAAGAAAGAAGAGCUAAGCGAACAUAUAUGAUUUCACUGUCUGAAAUAAAAUGUUUUUAAAUGUUGGCAUAAGUGUCGCAAUUCUGUUUGUUGGUUUUUGUAGGAAAAUUGGGCCAUUGGAAAGAACAAUCACAGUACUCGUCAUAACAUGAGUUAAGACAAUGUCUAUAUCUCAUGUUAAGUUUGGAGGUUUUAAUGAGUAAUGUCAAUUAUUGCUUCAAAUAUACAAUUUGCUUUACCUAUUUACCAUGAGAUUGUAAGGACAGUAACAGUGAACAAAAUGUUGUGUAUAUUUUAUGUAUUUAUUUACAAUCCGACGAAAAAUUAAGCAAAUACUGUGAGUACUGUUCAUGAAUACUGUCAGUUAGUUAUUAAGCUACUAGCUAGAGUUCAUUUAUAUGUAUAUUUUGUCCGAUACGGCACCAGACUUAAUUAUUUGACGACCCAACGUUGAAAUGUAAAGUCUGACACGGUCUAUGCAUGCAUGCCUCUACAAUGGCAUCAGCAAAGCUCUUUUUUGUAAGAAAUUUCUGAGUGUCCGCUCUGCUGUACGUGGCUAUAAACACGAUUCGUUGUUGCGCACGCGAUAUAUUCCUUAUAUCUAUAAUUAUGAUAUGUUGGUCUUACACAGCAAGAUUAAUUAAAAAUUCUAUUUGUCAAUUGGCGUGUGUAGCUCUUUAACUGAAAAUAUGUAUACUAAAAUAUAUGUAUAAUUACGUUGUAUCAGUCUGCCUUUAUAACCAUUACUAUCCGGUUCAAAAUAGACAUAUAUGCUAUUUGAAAAGAAGAUUAAGGCCCUACCCAGAAAUCCGGUCUCAAAUUACAGUGUACAAUAUUUAUUAAUAUCUACCGAUUAUUCAAUAUUGAGGAAUAUCAGAACGACUUUUGAAGUGUUAUCCAGUAGUACAAGAACAUACCUACAUUUUUGAAUAUUUCUACCACUGGUGUUCUAAAUUUAAUACGUAUAUAUGUAAAGGAUUAAAAACAUAAUUUUCGGACAAUCUUGGCCAUAAACCGUAGAACCACGAUAAAUUUUUAUGCAUUGUUAAGGCCUCGCGCCCCCUUCCCCCCAUUAAAUGUUGCCGUUUCGUGUAUAUUUAUGAUCUGACCUACUCUACAACAAAAUUGUACGUGUACUAAAAAUGUGGGAGAGCAAUAUUGAAUGGAGGGAGCCGGGGAGGUGCAAAAUGAUUUUAAAACCCAAGUAUAUUAAAAAGUUGCGAAUUUGUUUUGUCGUUCUAUGAACUUUUGGCCAAGAUUGUAGAUAUAUGAAAACCGUAAAACCCUGCAGAAUUAUUUGAAAACUGAAAAGUAUUGAUAUCUGCCAUUGCUUCUAUACGUGAAAUUAUUUUAAAUUAAUUAAAAGUAACGAAGCAUUGAAAACAAAAUUUAAAAUAUGUGUUAAACGGCAAACUACAGACGGCUGACAGCAAACCACGGUUUACGGUUUAACGUCGAAGAAAAAUCUAAAGGUUUCCAUUAUAUAUUUAAAAACGCGCGUUUGAGCAAUGCAGUGGACACGAGUUGUUUGGAUAUAACGUCAUUGUCGUUUCGUGUUGAUACUAAUUUGUUGCAUUAUUGUCGUGGUACGAUGGCUUGACGUCCAAUCACGAGUACUUGUGAGUAGUGAACUUGACUGCACAUUGCAAUAGCAGAGAUUACAAAAUCAUAGAGUGGGCAUUGCAGGAAAGUUCAGGCAAAUGAAGGGAACAAAUUUUUAAGAAUAUAGCCAUAAAGCCUUCAUACAGGAUCGCAGGCGGGAAAGGCAAAAUUAACCGGCUAGUUUGUCCCAGAUUGCCACAAUAUUAAAUAUUCAAACUCAUUUCUUACAGCUACAUGAUGAUUAUCGAGGUUUUUGUCACUCUGUUUCUGGUUUGGUUCAUCUGGUAUUUUAUAACUACCUACAUAGAAAGAAAGAAAAUGCCUCCCGGACCAUUUCCCUAUCCCUUCAUUGGAAAUAUUCCACAAAUCUUCUCUGCAGAUCGCGUCACACCAUUUAGUAAACUAGCUGAUAAAUAUGGAGAUAUUUUUACAGUCACUUUUCCAAACGGCAACGCUGUCAUCUUGAAUACAGCAUCCCUAGCGCGUGAAGCCAGGCUUGCCCCCGGGAGACAAGAAGUUCUUUUGGGCAAGUCACCAGAGUCUUUCUAUCCAUUCCAGGAGAUAAUGGGUCAUAAUAUGGCUGGAUCUGAUUACUCACUUGCAUAUCUUUUUGAGAGGAAAGUGUUUGUAUCAGCAAUGCAUAUUUUUGGGGCUGGAAUAGAGCGAGCUUCUGUUCGUGCUGGUCGCGCUGUUGACAUUGCGAUAAAGGAAAUCGAAAAUAAACCAGGGAGAUCUUUUUUACCUAAAAAUCUUCUCGAAUCCUCCAUAGUUGUGCAACUUUUGGAAUGGCUUACAUCGAAGAAGAUAGCACUGGAUGACCCAAUUGUGCAGGAAAUCUACGAAUUUAACGCGAUUAUGACCAGAGGAGCAUUACCUUUAACAAUGUAUCAGUUAUUUCCAUUCCUACGUUACUUACCAACGCAAUUGUCUCGAGAAAUAAAGCGAGCACAGCAGAUUAGAGAGAAUAUUUUCCCACUGGAAUAUCGAGCCCAUCGGGACAGCUACAUUCCAGGUACCGUACGAGAUCUUACAGAUAGCUUUAUCAGUGCUUACGAAAAAGAACUGGCCAAAGAGAUUGAAAAAGACAUUGGUUCCAAAGAUAGUGGUAUACCAGGAUUGAUGGUAAAUGUGGUUGCUGUGGGAUCAGAAACCAGCUCGACAUGGUUAACUUGGUUUUUUCUUUACAACGUCUUAUAUCCAAAUGUGCAAAGCAAAAUACACGAGGAAUUAGACGCAGUAGUAGGACGUGAUCGUCUUCCGAACUGGAAAGACGCAGAAAACUUGCCAUACCUCCAAGCUACAUUGUGUGAAGUGGCAAGGGCGUCAGGUAUGGCAACACUCGCCGGGACAAACGCGAUUCGUGACACAACCAUCGCUGGCUACCACAUUCCUAAAGGAACAUUUGUCUGCCUGAAUCUUCCGAAGGUGCAUGAGGAUAAUCGAGAAUGGCCAGAACCGGAGAAAUUUAAACCUGAAAGAUUUCUGGAUGAGGAUGGCAAGUUCGUCGGCUGGAACAAACUGCACGGUUUCAUGCCGUUUGGCAUUGGUCGUAGAGAAUGUCCUGGCCAAACGUUGGCGAAGAUUAUGUUGUUUUCAUUCGCUUCAAUAUUGUUACAUCGUUACAAGAUUGAGUUGCCUGAGGGAGCCGAGAUACCAACUACUAAAGUGUCUACCCCACAACUCGCUACUAAACCAAAUGAUUUCCUAGUUGUCGCAGAGCCGCGAGAGCUGGGAUUAUUACAAGACAGACACUAGCACUGGAUUGUGAAGGGUAUGUUUUCUACAUAAAUUAGUUGUUAACUUGUUAGUGCGAAAAAGUUCUUAAAGACCUAAUUUUAACAUUUAACUUUCAUUCCUAAGUUCUAAUUUUAACAUUUUUUAAUUUAGUCCCUAUAGUUUGAGUAUUCUUAUAUUGUAAUAUAUUAAUCAUUACAUAGUUUAAUAUUGACUUUUCCAACGCAUGCAAUAUUCAAAUUACGCAAUUCAGCCGGUUGACUGUUAUGUAAUUUUGCUUUUAAUAAAUUGUCUAUCUCUAUCUAAUGAUGGCUAUAUUUGAACGAUUCACUCAAAUCCACUUUGGUUUGGCUAUCUUUAAAAUAGGGAACGCGGAAUUGGGGGGAUUCGAACGAGGAAUGGG